UGAUUUAAUAAUAUAUAUAUGCAAUACUGUGUAUAUAUCAAUUUGAUGUAUAUUAUAUGUAUAUAAUUAUUUACAAACAAUGUUUAAUGUUGCAUGAUAAUUAAAGUGCUGUGAUGUUGAGAAACACUGGUUGGGUAUCAAAUAUGUAAUAUAUAAAAUUGAAAGAAAAUAUUUAUUCAACUUUUAGCAGAAUCUAAUGAAUAAAAAUAAUCCUAGUUUCCAAGUAUAUUUGUAAAGUUGUCAGUAUGUAAACGACAAAAGCGCAGCAUUACGCGAUUAUUUUGAACUAUUAUAUGGUAUAGUAUCCAUUCAUUCAUGUAUUUAGUCAGUUAUUGUUGAAUCAAGUAUUUAACUGUUAUCGACGGGGCAAGUUGGAAAUUAGAACAACCGAGGACGAAUAGAAUCUAACAUUUUGUGAAUUAAUACAUGAUCGGGUCAUGGCGUAUGUUAAUGUGGCUGAGUGGAAAACUGGCCAAGUGUGUGAAUGGUUAAAAGGCUUGGAUAAUUCAGUACUUCCUUAUGUACAUAGUUUUACAAACCAUGGUGUUAAUGGACAGCAACUGUUAAACUUAAGACCAGAAGAUCUAGAGUAUCUUGGAGUAUUAAAACUAGGCCACCAAGAAAUUAUUCUUGAAGCUGUAGAAUAUUUAAGAAAUUUUCAUUAUGAGCUUGAUCGUGAAAAUUUGCAGUUAUUGGCAUUACGAUUAUCCUGUCAAUCGCAUAGUUUACAAAAUGAACUAUCCCGUCAGACAGAUUCUAAACCUGUUACCACUCAAACAUUAUCUGAUGUAGCAUCAGUUAUAAUGGCUGUAAAACCAUUAGUAAGAUGGCUUGAUCGUCCUCCUUUUAGUGGCCAGUUAGAAUAUAAUGAUAAAAAAGCUGAAUUGAUGAAAUUGGCUUUGGAAAUGGCCACGUGCGCACAAAGGGAUAGAUUUGCAGAAAAACCAAUAGAAGAGAUUAGAACAAUUUGUGGGCAAUUAGCAAAAUUGGCAGAUUAUAUAAUACAAGAUAUUACUGAUCCUAUGAUAUUGCAACCAGCUAGUUUAGAUUUAGCAACAUUAAAAAAAAAACCUGGAGAUGAUUUAGGAUUUUAUAUUUUGCCAUCUUUUCAUGGGGCUCAUCAAAUUGCUGAAAUUAAAUUUGGAUCAGCUGCACAUCAAUGUGGUAAAAUGGAAGAAGGGGAUGAAAUUGUUCAGGUAAAUUAUCAGACUGUGGUUGGCUGGGAACGAAAAAAUCUUUUGGAAUUAUUUCGUGAAAGUCCAGCGGAAGUAUUAUUAACUUUGAAGCGUAGACCAAGACAUACAAAAGUAUAUGGUCAAAUUUACAUAAAACCAUAUAGACUUCCAAGCAAUAAAAAAACAACUUAUACGACUCGAUGGCAGCACAAUCUCCCAUCACCAAGACCAGAAUUAUUAACCAUACCAGACUUUACAAUGCCAUUACCAAGGCCAAAGAAUCCCAGUCCAGAACCUGCAAGUAUUUUAGAUACUGUCAAUAUAUUAGAUACAAUGAUCAUAGAUAGUAGUGAUUCGGACAGUGAAACAGAACCACCAUUAUCCAUUCGAUCAUAUUCAGCAAAACCAAGAAAUUCAGUUCAAAGGCGAGCUACUAUAACUGGUGCUAGUCCUACCACUAAACACAGAAUUGAUAUUGAACAGUUUUGGAAAGAGCUAAAACAGGAACACAGUACAACUUCUCAAUUACGGGAUAAAGCAGCAUCGUGCGCUCAUGGUUUAGAUAACGUACCAUCUAACAUACGACCGCAAACGUGUAUAAGUAUCGAGCAAUGCAAAAGAAAAAAGAGAAACGAUGGGCAUACUGAUGAUAAAAAAGAAUACUUUCAAGAUAAGUCACUUAAAUCUGAUGUUCUUCAAAUAGAUAAUACGAUUGAUACCACGCACGAAACAAGAAACGAGUGUAAAGUUGUUCAGAAUUGCGAAGAUACGUUAGCUAUUAGUAACAAAAGUAGCCUUAGCCAAAUUUCUCAAAUAUCUGUUAAUGUUACCAAUAAUAAUAAUAAUAAUAAUAAUAAUAAUAAUAGUAAUAGUAAUAAUAAUAAUAAUGUCAGUGAUAUAAGUGUGCCUUUAGAUGAAUGCAACAAUUUUAUUAGAAAUAAACAUAGUAAUAAUAAAAACAUACUUAGCGGUAAAGAAUCUAAUAUAUCUAAUAGUAAUGAGCGAGGAAGAUUAGAUAAAUGUUACAGUAUACCGGCAUAUGACUCAAUGAGCAAUGAGAGUGUAGUAGAAGACAGAAAACAAAAAUUAUUUUGUACAUUAGAAUCAUCUACCGAUAAUACAAAUAAUGUAAGCAAUGUAUUUACAACCAAGACUGAUAAUCAUUCAACUUUUGUAAAUCAAAAGAAGUUAAAGGAUGCAGGUGAUCAGAAACAAAAUACGCAAGAAAAUUUUUAUAGUAAUAUUAUUGAAAAAGUUACCGAUCCUGAUAGGCAAGAUAACAUAGAAAAGCAAUUUGUUGAAACAUCUCAAAAUUUAGAUUCACGUAAAUUUACAGUAUCUAAGAUAACUGAUAUAAAUCACAAGAACAAUACAGAAAUUAACCAAAGCAAUAAUGACUAUUUUAUUAAUGAUCUAAACAAAUGUGAUAAGAAAAAUGCAAUGAACAAUCUUAAUGCUGAAUUGGAGGAUAUAUCAAAGUCAUGCACCGUUCAAGAUCUUGUACACGAUUCUAUUUCAAGUCAUGAAGGUAAUGAAAAUAAUGAAAGUAAUUCAAACUCAAAGAAGUUCAGAAAAAUCCUUCAAACAUUUAAUUAUACUCCAGAACAUACAAAAUCAAUGGAGAAACAAUCUAAUUUAACAUUAAAUGAUUUAAAUUAUACUGAGGACGACACUCAGAGUGUUGUUCCGAACGCUUCUCAAGUUCAGACUUUUCAAAAUAUAAAAAAUGAUAAUACAGAAGCUGAUGAUUUAAUUAAUCAACGGAAAUGCUGUACAGGAACAAAGGUUGAAUCUAACAAAAAGCUAGAAGCUAAGCUUCGUUUAAUACCACCAGAUCCUCCUCCACGUAAAUACUAUUCAAAGUUAAUAGAUGGUCCCUCUAUAGAUAAUAGUUCAAAAGUGUUUGAAGAGCAAGAAAAAUAUUCUGCAUCAGACAGGACUAGCAGCAGAAGAGAUAUAAAGAAACCAGAAUUUUAUACAGAAAAUUAUGUAAAAAGCAAUUCGGAUCAUCAAGAAAAGCAAGAUUUUGAAACUUGUAAUCAUUUUGCAGAAAGAUCAAUAGGAUUUAUUGAUGAUCCCAAUAAUUUAAGUAAUGAACAUAGACCCAUAGAUUCUUUCUACACAGAAUGCAAUGAUAAGCAAAUAAAAGAUAAUAAAUCUACCUGUAAUAUUUAUGAAUCUAUCGUCGAAAAGUCUCAUACUAGCUCAACAAUGGAAUAUCAUAAUUUUGAAUCUUGUUCUCAAAAUAUGGAUUCUCCAGAUGGUUCAUCUUCUUCCAAGCAAUUGCAGUUUCUAGAACAUAAAUUUAAAGUACCCGAGAAAGAGAAAAGUUUUGAAAAAGGUGUGGUUAACAAAGCUAUGAUGGUAGCUAGGAGUAUUGGACUACAUGGAAGUUCAAACAAGUCAUCUAGUAGUAGUCCUAGAAGUAAUAGGAAACGGAGUAUAUUAUUUGCCAGAAAAAGAAGUAUUUCUGUUAAAGAUAUAGGUACAGGUGAUUUAGAAGGUUGGUUAACGUACCGUACAAGAGGAGCUGGUGGUGCUUGGGCUAAAGCAUGGUUUAUUUUAAAAUGUUUCUCCUUAUACAGGUUUAAAGGUCAAAACAGCUUGAAAGCAGAUUGUCUUAUAGCUUUAACGGGAUUCACCGUGUCACGAGCUUCUGAAGUAAAGUCAAGAAGAUAUGCGUUCAAAGUGUAUCAUACAGGAACGGUAUUUUAUUUUGCUGCUGAUACAGAGGAUUCUCUUGCCAUGUGGAUAGAAGCAAUUAAUAAAGCAACUUUAGGUGCAGACGGUCAUAGUCGAAAUAGUGCUCUUUUUAGCGAAACAGACGAAAGCGAUGGUGAACAAAAAAAUAAAGCUAAACACGUUCAAACACCAGAAUAUCAAAAACCAAAUUUUGAAAAAUCAUUUGGAUCGUUAAAAAAAGUUGUUCGAAAAGAUUCUUCUGCGUACAAGGAUCAUGAAAUUAGCGGUGCUAGUUUAGACAGGAAAUAUUUAAAAUUUCUUGGUGCAAGAAAUCACAAUGUACCUGUACCAACUGCACAGUUUAGGAGUUAUAGAAGAGUACUUCCUACAUCUACGCCCAACAAGAAGCAAGAUUCUGUUCCAAGUUCACCAGACUUACAAAUGACAAUUGCAGGAAGUACAUUUUAUGGAUUAUGUUCGUCUCACAGUGCUACUGAUAUGUCAAGUAACACUCAAGACAUGGGUGAUUACAGACGUACAGCAGACAGGUGUCUUAAUAACAGAAGUAGAAGACCCGAUGAUCUUCAAGGUUUUAUUACAUUAGAAGAAUUUAUGCUAUCGCAACAAGAAGAUCAAAGACAAAUAGCACGAAAUAGAUCUAUGUCGCCACGAGUGACACCUUUAAGUAGUGAUCAUAUUCACAUUCAACAUAGAAGUUUUUAUGACAAUGAAACGAUUAAUGAACACGCUAGAGUUGUCACCGAUGUCGGCUUCAAUAAUGAUACAACAGUAUACUCCCGGAAUAAAAACAAUGAUGAAACAGUAAAUAAUAGUACUUUAUAUGGCCACUCACGAAAUAUUGAUAAUAUUCAUACACGGCAGUCCAGCGGAAAUUUCGAUUCGGAAAGGAAUGAAGGAGAACCAUCAAAAUCCCUGAUCCACAAAAAAUCAAACGAAUUUGGUUACAUGAAUAGAAAGAAACCGGUAGAUAGAUUAAAUUUUCAACAAAUAAAAGCUUGUAAUACACAUCACUGUAAUAAUGUUGCAAAUGAACAAAAAAAAUCAACUUCAUUGUGUCAUGCUAAAGCAGAUAUUGAAAAAUCUGAUAGACAAGUGAACGCUGCUUAUGAUCAUAAUAAUACAAAUUCCUAUGCAAAUCAAAUACAAUCUUCAAGUAAUCAUGAAAAACCAUACGAUUAUCAUACACCUAAAAAUAUCAGUAAUUUAAUGGAGGAUAUUAAGUCAAUACCAAAACGACUUAUCAGAAAUGAAGGUUCUUCCGGAUCUAGUAAUGAUCUUACAGCUCAUACUUCCUACGAAACUUUACAACGUGCAAAAAAAGAUGUAUCCGUAAGUCGUAAAGGAAGCUUUAACUUGACAAAUCGACGUGAACAUGUUUCAUCGGAUAAGCAUUGGCUAGAUUCUUUACGACGGUUUGAUAAGAAAGACGUAGAUUAUGACAAAACCCGUUUGAAAAAUGUAGCGCAGUAUCAACCACCUCCUAUACCAACUUCACCAUUUGAACAAGAAGGGAUGACUGCCGCAUUUGAAAUGCAUUUGGAUAAGGGUGAACAGGUUCAAAAACCCAAUCGUUUGAAAAAUUUAUUUGGUACUAAAUGUCAACAAAAACCGUCCACCCUUGAUCUACCUAAGGAAACGCAAAAGACAUUACUAGGAUCCCCAAGAUUACAUAGAGCAUUAUUUCGUGAUAGAUGUUAUAAUCAAUCACGAUUAUCCAGUCGAUCGAACAAUCAAAGUCCUGGUGAUAGCGGAAUUAAUCAAUCAGUUAGCUCUUUCAGCGGGAAUAGUACUACUCAAACUCUCAAUAAAAGUUUUAGUUCAGUUAGCUCUGUUAGCGAUUGGAGUCCAGAUACACCAUCACCGUGUACCCCAAAUUUAUCAUCAAACAACGGUACAAAUCAUCUAUUAUACCAAAAAGGACAUACAUCUACAGGUAGAAAUUCGUUGAUGCCUCCGACGUUACCUUACAUACCACCACCCGAUUAUCCUGGUCUUGAAUAUCCACCUGUAUUUGAACCUGGUACUUACUCUCUUUUAGAUGCUUCGUUACUACGCAAUCGUAAUAAAAACAGCCGCGAUGCUCAUUAACUAAUGACACAACAACGUAGUUUAUUAAUCUACACGAUAACCAAAGAUACUUUGUUUCAUUAUUCAUUAAUCAGGUAUUUUAUAAAUGAAAUUUAUGUUUUCGACGCUAAGUAUUUUUUGAUGAAGUAUUGAAAUUUAACCGUCCAUUUUAUAAUUAUCAAGGUGUUUUUAUAUAGAAAAGGAAACUUUGAACUAUCCACUCAAAAAUGAUAUAAAUGAUAAAGAAAGUGAGUGGACGACUGAAAUUGAUAAGAUAUAUCAUUGCCUUUACACGUAAUAUACACGUUAUUCGUAUCAAAUUUAAAGGAAUUCCAUUUUGUUAGUAUCAUUGUUCGUAAUUAUUGUUAGUAUAAAUGGAUAAUCAAAAACGUUUUACUAUGAUGAAGAUAUUUUAAGAAGUAUUAAAUCAACUAAAUGUUUAUUGUAAAUCGUAUAUUUAAUCAACUAAGAGGUAUAUUUACACAUAGAAUAUUAUUAAACUAUUCUCUUUUUACUUAAAACACCAUGAUAAGAAUAUAUCGGUAUGUUGCCUAAUGAAGAGAUUUUAAAUGAGCAAACAUCAAUAUUGUUUGUGAUAAUAUAAUGAAAGUCAAUUCAUAUACAUAGGAAUAACUUUGAAAGCUGAUUUUUAUUUUAAAUUCUAUCAACAAAUUGUUCUAAAAGUGAAAGUGUCCUUAAAAAAUGAAUAAAAUAAAGAAACAAUAAAUUGCAUUUUUACACGUUUAGGACAAUAAAGAAUAUCGAUAAUCGAAACUAUCGAAGAAUUGUUUCAACUUCAUACAUAAACUAGUGAACUACAUAGUAAAUUUCCGAAAUUGUUUUGUAAACUGUAUACAUAUAUACAUACUGAAUGUGCACUUUGUGUGCUCUGUGAUUUCAAAGGAAAGUUAUAGUUUAAUUAUUCCGAGGGAUUGAUUGAUAAUAAUACGAAUUUCUGCAUACAUACAUAUUUAAAUAGACUGGACACGUGUUAUAUAUACAAUAUAUGUAUGUACAUACACAUGCGUCUGUAAAUAGAGUUUGUGAAAGAUAAUAAUGCAAAACAUGUCAGAUCCAAUUGAUUUCAUUGACCUAACAGUAGAUUCUCCAAAGGAAAAAUAUUUAAAAUCACGAAGCAAAAACGAUGAAAAUAUA